CCCCCAACCAACUUCUGGCCACGAUGUAAUGUGAGAACUCAUACUCGCUGCUAAGGCAGUGAGAAGCUCUUCUUGAAUUUCAACAAUGGCUCCUACGCCGGUGAUCGUUGCUGCCACCGGCUCCGUAAUAGCAAGGUUGUCGGCCUACAUUUUCCUCCGAUGGAUCCCAGGACAUCAUUUCCCACCUCUGAUAUUGGCAAGCAUUGUCAUAUACCUCGUAUGCGUGUUUGGCAAGGACGAAGCUUUCGGCAUCAGCAGACCGAGGCUGCACGAAGCCUUCCCGAAGCUCUUUCCUCACCGUGAAGACCAUGAAAAGCCGGAGGAGCAUCAUGAAGAACAGCAAGGUGCGGACCAUGAUGAGCCAAUCUUGUACGAGGAGGAGAAAAGGUUCUUCAAGACUGCUGUGUUCGGCAUACCCGACUGGCGAGAGCCCGAAUGGAGCUAUAUGACCAUCGGAGUGAACAUAUUGCUAGCCCUGUUCACGCUGGAUCUUGUCUUUAGAGGACCACUUCUACACCCUGCUCAAGAUCUGAGCUUCACAAGGGUUGGAUAUGUCGACUCGACUUCAGCCAAGGUCUUGGUCAGAGAGCCCGAUCCUGCCCAGCUGCCAAUGUAUGCCUAUCUGUCACCAGCCGACAAAACGAGUUGGACAACGACCGACACAAUCUACUAUCUUGGCCCGGAUACUGACUACACAUAUGCUAUCAACUUCGAAGGUCUCAAGCCAUCCAAGAAGUACAUAUACUCCUUGUCCAACGACAAAUCCGGCACGUUUACGACGGCAGCAUCUCAGUACUCGGAGGCCGUGAACAGCCUGACUUUCUUAACCUCAUCGUGCAUCAAGGCCAACUUCCCCUAUCGACCAUCAGCGCCAGCACUGGCAAUUCAUGGUUUCGAGCACCUUUCCAAAGUUCUUCGCGGCCUGCCCUCACCAGCCUCAUUCAUGCUCUUCCUGGGCGACUUCAUCUACGUCGAUGUCCCUCUUCGCCUUUCUUCCUCCCUUGCGCACUACAGAGCCGAAUACCGACGCGUCUAUGCAUCCCCUUCCUGGUCCUUACCAGGCCUUGACACGCUCCCCUGGAUCCAUACCCUAGACGACCACGAAAUUGCGAAUGACUGGUCAGGUGGAAAUGACACCGACCCUUUCCCAGCUGCAUCUGACCCCUUCAUCCACUACCACGUCUCCGUCAAUCCACCCGUGCCAUCUGGCGCACCAACUGGCCCAGAUACAAACACAACAUAUUUCCAAUUCUCCAACGGGCCGGCAUCCUUCUUUAUGCUUGACACCCGCCGCUACCGCACCGAUCCUGAGCCAGCCUCAUUCUCCUCAUCCUCUUCGAAACCGCUCUACGGCUCAUCCUCAGAAUCAUCCAACCCUCCCACGUACUCGACGAACCACACUAUGCUCGGGUAUACACAGCUUUCAUUCUUGCUCAAAUUCCUCGCCACCCCCGAACCACCACACAUCCACUGGAAGAUCAUCGCCUCCUCCGUUCCGUUCACCAAGAAUUGGCGCUUCGGCACUUCCGAUACAUGGGGUGGCUUCCUGCGCGAGCGCUCGCAGAUCCUCGCCGCCAUGCACGAUGCCGAACAACGUCUCGGCGUGCGCGUGAUCAUUCUUUCCGGCGACCGCCACGAGUUCGCCGCAAUCCGAUACCCGAGGGUGAUCGCCAAUGCGACCGUCACGUCCUCGAGCGCUGGCAAAAAGGAGACGACCAAGGAUAUGAUCGUGCGCGAGGUGGGGCCCCAAGCAGGCCCGCAUGAGUUCUCCGUCGGCCCUUUGAGCAUGUUUUACCUGCCCUUCCGGACAUUCAAGCAGGUGGACGACGAAGACGUCGCGAUCAAGUACCUGCCCGACGGGAAUAGUAAAGUGGGCGUAGUCGAGCUUCGAAAUCUCGCGGGCGAGUCGCAGCGCAGCUUGCUCAAGUAUUCGUUGUACGUUGAUGGUCAGGUGGCGUGGGAAUAUGCGCUGACCAGUCCGGCGGCUGGCGUCGAAUGCAAGUCAAGAGGGAAGUCAGGCCGGUGGCUGUGGGAUUAGCUCCUCCAACGCCUAAUGUGGCCCGGGGGGAAUUGACGUUUCCUUCAAGUCGGAAGAAAGGUAGAUACAAGUAGACUGCUCCAACGCGAACAUGAGCU